GUAAUGAAGUAGUGGAUGCUUUACAGUAUAUAUGCUCAAAUGAUGUAGAUGUUCCUGUUGGAAGUAUAAUUCACACAGGAAUGCAAAACAGACAUGGAGGUUAUGAAAAUGAUUGUUCUCUAGCCCGCAUUUCCGAAAAUCAUUAUAUGAUGAUUGCACCUACUAUCCAGCAGACAAGAUGUAGAGUAUGGCUCCAGAAAAACCUUCCUCCGAGCGUUGCCUUAUCUGAUGUUACCAGUAUGUUUACUGCACUUUGUAUCAUGGGUCCUUACACAAGAUCUCUUCUCUCCGAACUUACCGAUACUGAUCUGAAUCCGAAAAAUUUUCCAUUCUUCACAUAUAAAAUGUUAGAUAUAGGAUUAGCCAAUGGAAUCAGGACUAUGAAUUUGACGCAUACAGGAGAAUUGGGUUAUGUCAUGUAUAUCCCAAAUGAGUUUGCUCUUCAUGUAUAUUCCAGUCUAGUGCAAGCAGGUGAAAAGUACGGAAUCACUCAUGCCGGUCACUACGCUACCAGAGCACUACGUGUAGAAAAAUUUUUUGCUUUUUGGGGUCAGGAUCUGGACACAACAACUACACCUUUAGAGUGUGGCCGAGUCUGGCGUGUUAAAUUUGAUAAAGAAAUUGACUUCAUCGGUAGAGAUGCUCUUCUGAAACAGAAAGAAAACGGUGUGAAACGAAUGUACCUUCAGUUGAUCUUGCAAGAUCACGAUUAUGAGACUGAUUUGUGGCCUUGGGGUGGAGAACCAAUAUACCGCAACGGUAAAUAUGUUGGUAUGACUACUACAACUGGAUAUGGAUACACUUUCAAAAGACAGGUUUGUCUUGGAUUUGUUGAAAAUAUUGAUGAAAAUGGUGAGCGGCAGAAAGUUACCAAUGAUUAUGUCACAAGUGGUGAUUAUGAAGUGGAUAUCGCUGGAAUAAGAUAUCAUGCAAAAGCCAAUAUACAUUCUCCCAUUCUUCCAACAAAACAUCCAGACAAAGAGCGUGAUGCAUAUCAGGCUACAAGAGGCAAAAAUAAUGAAGAGAAACGUGUCAAUCAAAUCUUCAAGGCUGUUUGAAUGUGAUAAUUCAAUAUUACUAUUAUUAAUUUUGUAGUGACUGAUUAUUUAUUUUCAAUUCUGAAAUAUGACGGGUAUCUGUAACAUCGUAUCACUUGGGAAUACUAGAAACCACAUUAUCUUGAUAUUCUGAAUCAGCUAGGAAUAAGAUAUUACAUACAGGGUGUGUCACAUUGGGCCCUAUCAGAAGUUUCUGGUAAAGGAGUGGAGUCAUAAAAAAAUGUUGAGCUGAAGAGUUUGUAGACUAACAUAGAAAAAAAAUUAUAAAAUUUUAUAUCAUUAUUCGAGGGCGAAUCAACGAUUAUAGCGGUCAUACAAUUUUUCGAUACCAUGUUUGAAGUAUGAUUUUUCAGUGUCGACGAUUAUCUCAUCAUUGGCGCUAAAUAUCUGUCCAGCGAACAUUCGUCUGGGGACUGAGAACAAGAAAAAGUCGCUGGGGGGCAGAUCUGGGGAAUUCAGUGGAUGCAGAAGCAGUUCAAAGCCCAAUUCAUGCAAUUUUGCCAUCGUCUUCAUCAAUUCGUAACACAGUGAAUUGUUUUGAUAAAACAGCACUUUCUUUUUCUUCAAAUGGGGUCGUUGUUGUUGAUGGUUUUUCCCUUUUCAAGAUAGUCGGUCGAUAUACCAUGCACAUCCCAAAAUACUGAUACCAUAACCUUGCCAUUCGACUGUUGCGUCUUUGCGUGCUCUGGAGUUGGUUCAUCACGUGCAGUUCACUCGGAAGAUGAUCGUUUUGAUUCUGGUGUGAAAUGAUGGGGUCAUGUUUCAUCUAUUGUCACAUAUCGACGCAUAAAUUCGGGUUUUUUAUGGUGGAAAAGCUUCAAACUUCGCAGAAUCAUCAAUUCGUUGUUGUUUUUAGUCGACUGUGAGCUCGCGAGGCACCCACCUUGAGCACAGAUUUCACAUACACAAAUAUUCAUGCACGAUAUGUCCAACACGUUCCUUAGAUAUCAUUAGAGCCUCAGCUUUCUCGAUCAACUUCACUUUGCGAUCAUCCAAAAUUAUUUUGUGUUUUCAUCGGUAUCAGCCCCAGCUGAUUUCCCAGGUGCAAAGUCCGAAUAAUGUUCAUCAAGGCACAACAGUAUUUUUUUUCGUCAAAAAGCAGUGCUUUACUCACACACGAAAUUCUGUUUUACCCAUUUUUUUCAAACUGACAAAAGUUCACUCUCAUAAACUAAUAGUCCGACAGCUGUGAAAUUUGUACACAUGUCUUUUGAAGGUUAGGGUUAACUAAAAAUCAGUUGGAAUUAAUACUAGUAGCGCCAUCUGUGUGUUAGCCUACGUACUUUUUAGCCCAGCUAGUACUUUAUACGACUAGUUGGUGCAUUUCGUUCACCUCGUUUGGGCUAUCCCACAUACGAAAUGGGAAUUGCACAGUACCCCUUGACAUACUUCGAGACUCGCUGCCAAUCAGGUCAAACUCUGCUGUUGAGCCAACGUCAAAUCAACUUUUUUUUUGUUUUCUCUCGGCUCAUCUGUAGUUUGAAAUCAAUGUAGAUAGUUUUGGUUUUACUUUUAAACAAGUGAAAUAACAAUCAGUAGGGCAGCUGCCUUCUCAUUAAUUUUUCCUACAGAAAAUAUUAUGUGUGUACUUACGCUUGAUCCGAGUAAACACUUAGAGUGGUUGUUAAAACUAUAAUUGUUUCAACAACUAAUGUUAAAUUAGUUCAGAUUACUCUGUACAUAAUGUGGUUGAAAGUGUGUUAUCAUAUUAUAAUUAUGAAUUUUCUUCUCAGUAACAAGAUGAAUAUAUAACACUUGAGUUGAAAAACUCAUAACAGUGUUUUGAUGUAUGAAAAAAUUUGGAUAUGUAUAAAUCUAGAAUUCAUUUGUUGCAGUUUUAUUGUAUCAAUUAAUUUCAGUGAAUUUGAGUAUUGUGUAUAUAUUGCUGAUGUAAUGCUCAAUUUUGUGUUCUGCUCAGUAUUGAUUAUAAAAUAACGUCAAAAGAACUGAUGUUGAGAAUCUAUUCUUGAAAAUUGUGUCAGUGGCUGAAAUGUAUAUUAUUUAAAAUGAGUUCAAUAUAUACUUUACUUUGUGA